GCGAAAACACUGGGAUGGUUUCUGCAUCCGGGUUGCAGAGCUCGGCAAGUAACAGCGAGCGAGGCUUUGUUUGGUUUUUGCCCAUUUCUAUCAUGGCGACUUCCGCAGCCAAUUUAAACGCCGUGAGAGAGACAAUGGACGUUCUGCUUGAGAUUUCAAGAAUACUAAACACUGGUUUAGAUAUGGAAACACUCUCUAUUUGUGUACGACUUUGUGAACAAGGAAUAAAUCCAGAGGCGCUGUCUGCUGUAAUUAAGGAGCUACGCAAGGCUACAGAAGCUCUAAAGGCAGCUGAAAACAUGACAGGCUGAGUCUGUAAGAGAAGAUCUUUUGAUUGAGAUGAAGCUUGAUGCGGGAGGCUGGCAGAUGAUCUGAAGACUGUUUAGGACUAUAAGACACUGUUAUUGGUUGUGUUGGUUUCUGAACACUUCUGAAGUCUUCACUGAAGAAGUAGAAGUAUAAUGUAAAAGUGCAUUAAAUAUUUUAAAUGCUUAUUAACCCACAAACUAUCUUUAUUGCAUAUGAUGCUUUGAAAAUAUUGUAAUUAUAUAUGCAACAAAUCUGAACUUAAUUUUAUUGGCAGUCCAGAUAUUUCAUAUUUCUAAUAUAGUGAGGACUAAAAAUAACCAUAUAAAAUACUACCUUUAUAUUACAAAAAACUAUCUUUUAAAUGAAGGACUUUGCUUAUAAUAGAUUUUUUUAAAUGCACCCAAAGCUUUGUAUAAAGAUUAAAUUAUGUUUUUUCAUGCAUUGUAUUAUACAGCCAUGAGAGUGGCUGUAUACUGUAGUCAUCAUGGAUUUUUCGCUUUCCGCAAUGUUAAAUUGAAAAUACCCCCAUGCCAUUCUGAUGCUUCUCAUAAGCUCAUUUCAAAACAAAAUCUUACAAAACUUAUAGCCCUGAACUCAGAAACGCUUGCUUAACCACCCUUUAAAUUUUCACAGCGACACACAAAACAGUCAGAGAGAAUAGAGAGUUCAAAAUCUAGAAAGAGAGAGAGAAAAACCAGACACCUUUUGGACUUUUUUCUGUCAGAGCUCUCGUAAUCUGUUGAAAUUUAUUAAAAAUCAGCCAUGUUCAUAGAGUACCUGUAAUCCUAUUACUGACUUUGCCCCAUACUCUGACCGUUAUCUUCUGCAGUUUAAAAGUUAAAAAAAUGUCUGGCUAAUUUUUAAUUAAUUUAAGAAAUUUUGCAUUGAACUCAAUGUCGGGCAUGCUCACUAAGAUCCAACUGUCAGUGUUCUAAAAGCCAGACUCACAGCUGCUGGGCUUGCUUAAUCAGGGGGCCACACCCACACCAGACUUUGAUGUCACUUGAGACAGUAAUGGAUUCCCCCAAAGAAUCCUGGGAAGUGUAGUUUGUGAAGGGUGCUGAGAGGAGACUCCUAUUCCCCUGACAAUGCUCCAGUGGUCAGAGUGGUUUAACAGUUAGCUGCUCUGAUUGAGGCUCUGUGAGGGGAACAGCAUCUCCUAGCAACUCUCAGCACCCUCCACUAACUACACUUCCUGGGAUUCUUUGGGAGAAGCCAUGACUGUCUAAAGUGAAAUAAAGGUCUGGUGUGGAUGUGGCCAGGGACAGCUUUGGUUUAAAUUUGAGUGGGAGGCUACAUGUGCCUGCUGUUCAAUAAAAAGGUGGGGGAAACCCUGAAAAAGCAUGAUACUGUUCACAAUGUUUUCCUUUUGGAAAGGAAAGGGGCUUCCCUUCUGCCCAGUGCCCACCCACCCAAUCUCCUCCCCUCCUCCUUCUCUCCCCUCUCUUUCCUGCCCUCCUCCUCUCCCCCGCCUGUUCCCCAGGUCAGUUUCACCUAUCCUAAGCAUGAUUGCACAGGGGUAAAUCCCACUGAACUCAAAAAGCAUGAUCAAACCUGCCCUCCCUUCCUAUUCCCUCCCUCCCCCAUCCCCUUCCAAUCUCCUCCUUCCACCUCCUUUCCCUUCCCUCCCCCUCCUCCCCCCCAUGGUCAGUUUUACCUAUCCUAGGACUACAAGCUAGGAGACCAGGGUUCAAAUCACCACACAGCCUUGAAGCUCACUGGGUGACCUUGGGCCAGUCACUGCCUCUCAGCCUCCGAAGAAGGCAAUGGUAAAACCACCUCUGAAUACCGCUUACCAUGAAAACCCUAUUCAUAGGGUUGCCAUAAGUCAGAAUCGAUUUGAAGGCAGUCCAUUUCAUUUUCAAGCAUGAUUGCAUGGGAGUAAAUUCCCUGAACUUAAUAAGCAUGCAAAUGAUCAAACCUGCCCUCACCUCCUCCUACCUCCCAUCACCUCCCCUUUGCCCCUUCCUUCACUCCUCCCUUCCCCUCCACCAUCCCCUUCCAAUCUCCUCCUUCCCCCUCCCACUCCUGCUCCCCCCCCCUUUUCCCUCUAUUCUCCUCUCCUCCCCCAUGGUCAGUUUUACCUAUCCUAACCAUAAUUGCAAUCAGCCCAAAGAACAGAAACAAGACAUGUGCUGUGCUGAUCUUGUUUUAGCAGGGACGAAGCAACAAUAUUACAUACUAAAACAGUUGAUAUAGUUCAGAUAGUAACUUUAAAUAUGUUUGAUUUACUUUGCAAUUUUAGUGAAGUUUCCUACAGUAAAUCAUUCUCUUCUGCUUCUGUUUCUGUGAAUAUAUGAAGUACAGCAACACUUUGCAACACUAAAAAAAAGCUCCAAAAACAAUUGUGGAAUAAUGGCACUGACUAUUCUGCAGAAUAGUUUCCAAUGGACGUGAGAAGUGUCUCAGUUUGCACAAAAUAAAACAGUGGGAGGUGAAAUAUAUUCUAGCAAAAUUCUAGGUGUGCUGUAUGUUUUUAAUUGACCACACCCACCCUUCCUUAAGUGGGGUGGUUUAAGCAUAGCAGGCUGAAUACAUGCAUCUUGGGCAGGCCAAGUUUGUUUUUUCCAACAGCCAGAGUCAUUGCUUAAGUAGCAACAUAUUGUAAUCAGUCUGAUUUUAUAUCAAACUGAAGUUUCAGAUUCAACUGUUAAUGUGCCCAAAACAGAAAUAGAUCAUAACAUCCAGUUUAAAACACAAAAGGCGGUCUUCACCAUCAUACGAUAUUGACCAAUAAAAAGGCUUUGAAAUUAAUAAAAAUAAAUUUGACACAGAUUUCUAUGAUGAAUAAUAAGAGAAAUAAUUUUCUGGGUUAGAUUCUCUGUAGAAACAAUAGUAACACAGGAAAGAAGCAAAGUAAGAACACCAACAAACAUACAAAAUGUAAUUCUCUAUCUUUGAAGAUGGCAGGUGUUGCCAUCACUCACCAUAUGCUCAGAGGCACAUGUUAGCAAAUUCUUCCAAGCUACACAGGAAGUGGAUUGGACUGUGAAAGACCAACCCAAAUUAUCUUUGCAUUUUUACAAAUUUGUAGGGCAGUACAAUAUCUCAGAGAGAAGGUCAGGUCUCCUGCUCCCCUGUUGCAUUCACUAUAGCUGCCCACUUUCCCUGCUUUUUAAAGUUUGAUAGAAAUAUCUGUUGGCUAUAGGUACGUUCUUAAAUCAGAAGGUUUUUUUUGCCUAUUAGUGAAUUUCUCUGCUUUUUAAUCGGGGAGGUAAGAAAUGGGAUCCUGUGCAAGUUUGCUGAGAAUGGAUUGAUCAUUUGCAUGCUUAUUGAGUUCAGUGGGAUUUACUCCCGUGCAGUCAUGCUUAGGAUAGGUAAAACUGAC